UUAAAAACUAGUACCGUAUAUUAUUUUCAGAAUAUUGGGUAGUUUUUUAGCCAUAUGAAAUAAAAUUUUCAUCCAGUGCGCUGUUGAUGUGUUUAUGUGCCUUGAGGUGCUUCAAGGCAGUUUUCUGGACUCUGAUUUCACCUUGAUAUUUAAAUUUAAAUAUCUCUGUUAUGUUUUAUAUUUUGUGUUUCUUGUGUGUUGUGCAAACUAACUAAUGCAAAAACCAUCUUCAGAUGUUUUUUCAGUUUUACCUAUUUUUAAUUUUGGCCAUUUAUUUUCACAUUCUCAUCAAAAUCUGUGGUUUCUUAUCUUUUUCAAUCAUUUAAAAAAAAGCAUUUAUACUACACUGUUGUACCUUUUCUAAGUCAAGAAUCAGAUCAUAUUUAUUUAUAAGACCCAACUUCACUCUUGUCUGCAAACACAUAAAAUCUGACCUUAAAAAUCAAAUCUCACUAAAUCCAUUGACAUUUUGUGCCUGCAAUCUCCAAUAACUUUUUACAUUUCAGGAUGUAUGCUGGAUGAAUACACUGUUAUAUUUUCUCCGAUGACAAUUAAAUUGCAGCGACAAGCAGAGAAUAAUGUACAUUCUUUCAAAGUUGCUGUCACACUGUUUCUUUUCUUGGCUGAAACCUGAACAUGCUUUUCAUGAGGGUCCAAAAUCUAAAGUUUAAUGCAUUUUGUGAAACAUCACACAUUUGAAGCAUGCAUGUCAUUUUAGCAUGUGCCCCUAUUUUGUGUUGCGUAGAACUUUUGGCAUGUGACUGAAUUCUCCCAUCAACAAUUUUUGUCUCACAUAAUAAAUGCUAGUGUUGUAGUACUCGAGACCGGUCAUUGUCUCGACUUGGUCUCGGGUUAGGUGGUCUUGACUACAACACUAAUGGACGCCUGUCCAUCUUUGACUGAAAGUUCAACACAAUCUAUGAGGUCAAUUAACUAGCAACUUAUUAAAAUAAAAAAAUAAAAUAAAAAUAAAAGCAAAUGGUUUGUGUUUUAGUCAUGGUAUAGCCACUCCAAAUAUUCAACAUCCUUGUCCAAAUGAUAUUCACAGCAACAAGCCGUUCUGCUCAAAGAAUCUUAUACAAGUUGUCAUUUUUCUCAUCUUCAUUGUUUUAGCAAUGUCACUGUUCCCAUCUCUGCAGAAUUUAAAGUUUAAUCUUAGUCUUUCUGUUCCAUGUUCAUUUUUGCUGUCACCUUAUUGUGUCAAUUCUGGUCACAAACACAUCUUAACACAGCUGGUGGUCCAACAGAUUCCUACUUCUUCAGUCUUUGAAAAACAUCUCUGGUUCUUCAAAUGUGAGAGAAUUAUAUUUUUUGUUACCAAGGCAAAGUUGCAGUUCAAGAUUUAUUGGUUUAUUUAAUUUUUGGUUGGAGGAAAUAUAUAUUUUUUGUUUUCAUUCUUAUCGCAUUAGAAUGAAACGCGAUAAAUGUAGCUCAUAUCUUAUUAUGAGCUACAUUUCUUGUUUAAUAAUAAGAAAUGAGCUAAAUGUAGGAUUUUUCUUCUGCUAUAAAUUGAAAGUAAAUAUUUGAGGUCCCAGUUGAGCAGCUGUGGGCAAAAGAUGAGCCAGUGCUGCUUGAAUAUUUCAUUUUCUUUUUUGCUUUUUGGUGGAACAGUUUGUAGCUUUUCUCUUGCUCUAGUUUAAUGCCUUAGGGCAGCUUGUUCUUUGUUGUUUUGAAUUAAUUUUUAGGCAAACUGAAGUGAGAGUUACUUGAAAAACAUUGCUUGAAAAACAGCUUAGAAAACAAAGCUCUUAAUAUAUUUCAGGUUUCCUUAAAAAAAACAAAAGAACAUAUAUAUUUCAUAUAUUUUGUUUUCAGUAAAUCUUCCUGAACUAUGUGACGGUUAAAUGAAGAUAACAGAUGAUUUAUAAAUAAUAAUGGACUCUCAUCACAUGAGGAGUCCAGAAUUUGUCUGCAGGAUUUCCAAGAUUGUUUGAAAAGUAGAUCUUAGCAGAAUCUCUUGUGAGUGUGAAGGCAGUCAUUAUGCUACUGAACUGCUUAGCACUCACCAAAUACAUUUUUACUGCUGGUUUCCCACAUCAGGUAUCACAUCUGGAAUCGGAUGUUUGCUUACAAGCUAUAUAUGCAGUUUUCCCUUAACGUUAAAACCAGUUGUUUCUUUACAAACUAAGACAUAACUUUUUUGUCACUCUCUCUGAUAUUAAAUCUAAAAUAAAUACUUUGGGUCAAUUAGAGCUAUGAGAGUUAUUUCUAACCAGUCAAAAAGUUUAUAUGCAUUCUUUUAAUAUUUGGUAGCAAUUCAUUUAAACUGUGUGGCUUCUCAUGACAGUUUGCUUGAAUUUUGGCCCAUUCCUUAUCAUGAUUCGAUCCCUUUAUUCCAAAUUAGGAAUAGAGUUUUGAUGAUAACGUCCCCUAUUUUCCUUUAACUGUAGCAAAGGUCAAUAUGACCAAACACAUAUUUGAGUUUUUUUCUUUUUUUUAGGUCACAGAACAUGUCUACAAAAUUUAGAAUCUUUGUUCCUGAAUUGUCAGAUUGCAACCUGCUUUGUUACUUUACUGGCUUUAUUGUGCCAAUUUGGAGAAAUAUCUUCUUCAUCCCAAAGUGGCCCUUUAUCUCAUCUUUAGACAAGACUUAUUGUGACAAACGACAUUGUUACCAGCUUCACCCAGCAACUUUGCAAAGUAGUUUGUUUUUUCUGGAACUGAAAUGCAAAUUUCAACUUUUUCCUCCCUGGGACACAGAACUUUCCCUAAAUGGUAUAAUGGUUGAACAUUGUCAUGGUGUUUAUACUUAUAUAUAAUUGUUUGAACAGAUGACCAUCAAAACUUCCAGCAUCUGACAUUUAUACCCAGAGGAGAGGUUGUUGCUUUAAAAUAUAUCAAAAAAGGUGAGCCAUGAUUUAACUAAAUUUUAACAAAUCAGUUAACUCAUUUAUUUAGUAAUGUUCAUGUAACUAAUAAGUUAAUUAUUGGUACUAAAUAUUUCAAUUACCAGAAGCUUACAAAGUUAUGCCAACAUCAUCUGAGUUUUGCCAAACUGUUUGUAAGGCAUACGCUUAGUGUAACUAAACGUCUGACUGAAGAAAGUAGCAAAGAAUUAUUCCUGUCAUUUUUCUGGUGGUUAGCAACAGAAGUAGUGUCGUUAAGGCUGGCUGACCUAAAACUAUAAAUCUUUAUCCUGAUUUAAUGUCAAAGGGUGAGAAAGAUGUGUCUUUUAUCCAGUAUAAGUAAAUAUUCUUUUUCAACUAUAUAUAGAAUGUGGAACGUUUCUGCACCUCAACCAUCAGUUGCAGCCUUGCUUGGAAAGAAGGACGAUUGUCAACGCUACAAUUAUUUUCAUUAUUUUAUUAGCAGCGUUAUGUUGCAGAUUGUUUCUUUGACAUCCUGUGCAAUAAUUAUUACCUAGUGCAGGUCCCUAUGUGCUUAUCUUGGCUCGGUCAGCCAAGAACUGCUGACCAAAAUACCAUGUCUGCAUGUCUUUCACUGAUUGCUAUGAGCUGAAUACACUAAUCUGCUCCUUGACCUUGUUCUCCUUUUCCUCCUUCUGUUCCCUGUCAUUGUCUUCAUCCGUCCAACUCGUCAUUAAAUUUGAUGCCGUUGUAGCUACAUGUUGCAUUUGAAGUGCUGUCUAAAAAACUCAUCAGUUACAUCAGUCUUCUUUCAAACAUUCUAGGUGUAAUUUUUAAGGUUUUGCUCCUCUUCCUGGAGGAAUCUACUUUACUCAUAGCACACAUACUAUAUGCUAAUCAUUGCCUGAUUAUGAUUAGCGCAUCUUUUCUUUAGAAUUGACAAGUAAUUAAUUCAAAACAAUGCUCCGGUGUGUUACAGACGAGAUCUCUAAGAACAUAAAGAGAAUAUCCAUAUUCUGGGAGAUUUUAGUGUCACAAAGUGGUUCUAUUCAAGUGUGUAGAAUAUGGAUUUAAUUUGAAGAGUUACUGCAUAUUAAAAGUGGAGACAACUUUGUAUAGACUUAUAAAGUCAAAUCUGCUGGACAAUUUUCACUAAAUCCUGGCAAAGGAAAGUAAAUCUCUAAAAUGUCUUUAACCUACAGUUUCAGAUCAAAUAUAAUAACCCAGCUGUUAAGAAAGAAGAAGUACAGUCUAUGGUUGAUACGCUAAAAUUAUGAAAUAUCAUAUCUGAUCAUAAAGAAAUACUGAAACAUGUCAAAUUAGCUUCAUAAUAAUAGCUAUAUACCUCUUAAUGUAGUUCCUUUUUCCCCAUUACUUGCCUUUACAACAUUAUAUUAAAAUAAAGUGUUGCCCAAAAAAGCUGAAAGACUAUUUUAUGGUUUGACUUUUCAUUAAAAUUUAAAGAACAUAUUCCCAUCCAAAUGUCAUGUCUUUUCUACUUUUUCCAUUAAAGCAUUAAUUGUUCAUUGUUCUCCAUGAUGUCCUCUGUUGAUUCUUGUUAGUAUAAUUGAGUUAUUGGUACAUGAGCUAAAAGUGUCCUAGAUGAGGUCUGCAGUGUGGCAGCAUGUUGAUAUCAGCUCUUCUCAUGUUGGUUUUGAUUGCAGAUAAACUUGGGGUAAGCAGUAUAGGUAUGUGAAAAUCUGAAUUUAUUCAUCACCUUCAGGCUGACUGGUAAGGUGUCAGAGGUCAUUUACAAUUUCCUAUUGGUAAUAAAUAACUGAUGUGCCAUUUUGCAUGAUAUUGUAAGUUGUAGUUGUAGAUGAAAGCAAUGGAAAGAGGAGAGGGGAGAAAAUGUAAUGUAUUCCUCCAGUCAUGCCUCUUUUCUGCAUGUCUACUGGCAUUAAUGAUUGCUAUAUAAAUUUAUUCACACAUUUUAUGUUCUUCUGUCUUCCUAGUUUCUUUUUUUUAUCUGCAAAUGAGACAGCAGAUGUCACAUAAAACUAAUGUCAUAGAAGUAUUCUUAAAUCUUUGUCGGUGUUGUUAUUUUGAAAAACACGAAUGGAGUCCUUAAAGUUAUUCUACUGAACUACUUAAUUUUCCCCAGUUCAGGGGGAAAAAAAACAUUCUGCACAAUCAGUUUCCCAUGUUUCAUCCAUCUUUUUAAAAAAAUAAAUAGAUGCUCUUGCCAUGUGGAUGAGACACUUUUUGGUGUUGCUCAUAAAUGACCCAUGAUUGCCCACAAACAGGUGUGAAGAACAGUUUCCACACCAUAGCACCUGCCGUCUGACUUUUCUUUGGGGGGAGGAACCAUUCAGUACCAACUCCGCUACUCAGAUGGAAUUAAAUCAAGGUUUCCCCUGCGACUGCCAUGAAAACACGGAUUAGAGCACAGCUGAGGCAUAGGAUGGUAGCAUUACUCCCAUCCUAUGCCACUUUACAGGUUUCUUUCAGGCAUCUGGUGAUAAAUGAGACAUCCCUGCCUUUGUAAGUGACAUUGAAUGGACAUUUUGCAAUAAGCAAGGUGAGAAACAAACAGUAAAAGCAAAAUUCCUGUUUGAGAUUUCCUAAAGGGAACUUUUUCGUGGCUAUAAACAUCUAAAUGUUGAAGUUUUUGUUCAUAGCCCACAAGCCAGAUUUUGCAAACUAAUAACACAAAUUGCCAUAUGGUUUUUAUAGUUGUUUCCAUGCUACCCACAUAAGUGCUAAAGGUAUGGGCAGCUCUAACAUCUGUUGGAGUGCCCAUAAAUCUGUAAAAAAAACUAUUCAGGUUUGGGAACAACAUAUGCUGCCUUGUUUUUCACAAAAUGCUUUAUUAAAGUUUAUUGGUCAGGCAAUGCUUUAUUGGCUACGUGGCUGCUAGAACAUGAUUUAAAUUGUAAAAGCAUUCUAUAAAUGGAUAAGUUAGUUAUAUUCAAUUGUUUUUUCUUAUUCUUUUUUAAAAACACAGUAAAAAUCUAGGAUGUAAAAUUCAAUCGUUUUGAAAGAAUAGAUUUUCUUUUAUUUUUUUUAGAUGUCAUUUUUUCUUUUUUGCCACUCCAUCAUUACAAUGUAGUUAGUUAUUUUUCUUUAAUUCACAUAAAUCAGCACAAAAGAACCAUAGUCAUUGUGGUAUCUGGGAUAUUGACUAAUUUGAUAUUUUAUUUUCCAGAAAUGUCAAUAGGCUAUACAAUGCUAAGUGUGUCUUGUGUUUUAGUAUUUUUGUUAGUAUGUAGUCACAUUUAUUUAUUUCAGUUUUUAUCUUUGUUUUCUAGAAAUCCGCUAAGAAAAUGGUUGGUGAACAAAAUCUGAUGAUUUUAUGCUUUUGCUGAUUUCACCGACUGUGCCACUUUCCUCUUUAUCAUGUUCACUGGAGCGAAGUCAUGACUUUACUCAACGAGUCCGAAGAGACCACCUCUCUCUCCGCUCCCCUCUCCUCCCUUAGGAACAAUUUCUCAGCCUUUUUCACACCUGACGCCUCUUAUUCCCCUGUAUCCUAUCCCACCUCCUCCUCCUCUUCCUUCCUGCUGACAUCCUCCAACUGCACCGACUCUUCACCAUCUUCCUCACCACCGUACAACUUCUACGCUGUGCUGCUAGUCCUUCUAAUCUUUUGUGUGGUGUUCGGCAAUGUGCUGGUGUGUGUGGCUGUGUCUCGGGAGCGUGCCUUGCAGACCACCACCAACUACCUCAUUGUCUCCCUGGCCGUGUCCGAUCUGCUGCUGGCAACCCUGGUCAUGCCUUGGGGUGUUUACCUGGAGGUGGUUGGGGAGUGGCGCUUCAGUCUAAUUCACUGUGACAUCCUGCUCACUCUGGACGUCAUGAUGUGCACCGCCAGCAUCCUCAACCUGUGCGCCAUCAGCAUUGACAGAUACACAGCAGUAGCCAUGCCGCUGCUCUACAACACCAGAUACAGCUCCAGGAGGAGGGUGGCUGUGAUGAUUGCCGUGGUGUGGUUUCUCUCUUUUGCCAUCUCCUGCCCUUUGUUGUUUGGACUGAACAAUACAGACAGCCGGGAAGGCACCACAUGCAGCUUCGCAGACCCGGCGUUCGUGGUCUACUCCUCCGUCGCAUCUUUCUAUGUACCAUUUAUCGUAACAUUGUUGGUGUAUGCCCAGAUCUGCGUGGUGUUGCGUAAACGUGGGAGACGCACUGCCCCACCGCGCAAACACGGUGGUCCUGGAGCAGCAGAGAGUCGACAGCGGAAGAAUAAGUGCACACAACCAGAAGAUGUGAAACUGUGUACCCUGAUCCUUAGGCCUGCCACUGCAGGUCCUCAACGAAAGAAAGUGAGCCUCGUGAAGGAGUCUGUGGUUCAUCCCCUCGAAGUGGAGCCGGGUCGUUUCCUACCACAGACGGAGCAGAAUCUACCGCCUCCCAACGCUCCACAGCCUUCCAAUCAUUCACUGCAGUCUAAGAUGUCACUCUCCAUCGCAGUAGGACCGGCUCCGGCUCUUCCCUCAACCGUGGCGCGAUCCGCUUUAACGCCCCGUCCCCCCACCCUCGAGGAUGGCAUGAGGGGCCAAGAGGGGUGGAGGGAGCGCAGCGGAGGCAGAGAGAAAUGGGGCACCACCAAGGAGAGGGUGAGAGGGAGGCUCUCACAGCAGAAGGAGCGGAAGGCAACACAGAUGCUGGCUAUUGUGCUGGGUGUGUUCAUCAUCUGCUGGCUGCCUUUCUUCCUGACCCAUGUGCUAAAGGCCCACUGCAGGAGCUGCUGCAUCUCACCUUCUCUGUACAGUGCCGUCACCUGGCUUGGAUAUCUCAACAGUGCUGUAAAUCCUGUCAUCUACACAACUUUCAACAUUGAAUUUCGCAAAGCCUUCAUCAAGAUCCUGCACUGCUAGCCCAGACUAAAAAUGCAUCAGUUGUCAAAAUAAAUAAAUAAGAAAACAAGUUGUGGGACUUGUUAAGAGAUUGCAAAGAUAAAAAUACUCUGUGACAGUUUGAUUCUGAGAGGAACUGAGACUAUAAUCUGUGUGACUUGGAGUCAUAGAGACAAAGAUUUAUUUUGGAAAGCUUGAGAAAAAAAAAUUUGAACCAGCGCCUCAGACAAGACUAAGCCACAGAGAGAAAACAAUGUUUAUGAAGCCAACGACAGCAAGCACAAAAUAUCCUUCAAAAAGUAAUUUGUGACAAGUGGAAGACAGCGACAAGAAAAAUAACAAAGGUGGAGAAAUGUACAGUAAAGGAGACAAAUACUGUGUAAUGUGUCUAUAUUCUGUAAAGGGAAUCUGUUCAGAUAGGUGAUCAUACUUCAUCAUUCUGACUCAGACACCACAUUUGUGGAUUUCAGCGCAACACUACUGCUUCCUGAGUACUCAAACCUUUGAUUUGUAUUUGACCGAUUCGGCUACAUUAACUUGUGAUCUCAACAAACCUUCUCUCAACGUGUUUGCAUGUGCUGGUAUUUCUCACAUGACAGGAGCAAAUAAAAUGCACAAGAAAAGAAAAGGAAAUACGGUACUCCAAAUUUGUUUUUGUUUAAUUUUGUAUUGGUGACAUGUUUUUGGAAACCUACUUUCAUUUACUAAAUAUGUGCUGUCAGUAAUUGUUUUUAAUUCCAACCCUACUUCAGUGCAUAAAUUGUGCCAUCUAUAAUUUACUGUUUCAAUAGAUUUUGUGUUGAACAUUGUGUAAAUAAAUAUUAUCAAUCAAUAAAUAUUAUCAAAUAAAAA